CCGCAAAUAAACUUCCAUGCUUGCUUGUUGUUUUGCACGCCCAUAAAUGGCGCUGCUUUCUAUUCCCUUUUCCUUUCAGAUCUGGUUUUUUUCUUUCUUUCUUCUAGCGGUGCUUGCCAGCGAAUGGAUAGAUUAUCCUAGCGAUGGAUUCGCGACGCUCACGCACUACUCCCUCCCCCUGGACUACAUCGCGAGCUGUGGAUGCACCGCAGAUAGCACACAUUAUCCUACCGCAGCUCUUUCUCAAAUGGCCUAUGGAAGUAGUACAGCCUACGGCCCAGCUUGUGGAAGAUGCUUCAAUCUAACUUUACUUAACACAUUUCUAUCUGUGCCCCCGUUUUAUCCACCGAAACCCAAAUCCAUUGUCGUAAAGGUAACAGAUUUGUGUCCCCUAUCUACUACCGGUUGGUGUAAUGCGACAACAAAUGGACCCAACGCUGCAGGAAAUUUUUUGAAUUUUGAUCUUGCAUAUCCUUCGACCUCGAUACCCUCGGACUUCUUCCCAUCGAAUGCGACUUAUUAUGGAUACACGGAUUUUGGGGUGUGGAACAUCAGUUAUGGGAGCGUUGCUUGCAGCAACUGGGAAGGGUGGAAUAAUGAUGCAGCUUUAGGUAGUGUCACCGGACAAGGCCCCGAGAGCGUCUGUUGUGCUGCGGACCCCACCAACUCGAGCAACACAUGCACAUCAUAUUCUGAUCACAACGGAAUAGCGCCAGACACGACCACGUCCUCAGGACAUUCUAUACCACGACCGUAUUUAUUCACACUCUCAUUUGCAUCGUUUAUGUCGCUGUUGUUUGAAUCUUUGUUGUGCUAGUUAGUAAGGAUGAAUGGUUGCAUGAAUUCAAUUAGUAAAGAACGUCAAUUAUCAUGGUGAUAGUCAUGCUGCCCGC